AUGGAACUCCCAAGUUCAUCACUGGACAUCUUGUGUUUAGCCUUUCGACCUCAUCGUUCUUCAACGCCUAAAUCUGAAGAGUCUGCAAAGCCGAGUCGAGCAGAAUUAUUGUAUGAAAACAAUUCCGUUGGUGAUGUUUGCUGCAAUGAAGUGGUCAAUUCCAAAGAAUUAAUUUAUAACGGAAUGAUUCAGCCUUCAUCAUCCCGAUCGUUCGCAUAUCGACUUCCUUAUGCUCAUUAUUCUCUGACUACUUCCGGUCAAACCGGUUCUUUCACAAUGGCGUCAGGUUUGAGUUCAUCACAAUAUGGUUACUACCACUUCUCACCAGCCCCUCCGAAUAGAAUACGACAUUUUCUGAUUGCCUGCGGAAACUACGUCGACCAUGUGAAUCCGAGUUCUCAAACUGCAAUCCCUUUUCCACCUAAUCGAAUAAGGUAUGCAUAUAAUGGAAAGCAGCACGCACCAGAUUGUCAUCUACCUCCUUCUAGUGCAUUCAAUCCUACCACUAAUGGCUCUCAAACACACUAUCCUACUUUCACAAUCUUACCACCUAAUCAAACAUCAAGCAGAAAAUUUGUGGUACCUACUAGUGCACCGACGAUCCCAAACAUUCCAUAUGCAAAUGUAGUAUUUCCAUCACCUCAGUUUUAUCCUCUUGGUGUAGAUAUGACUUAUCCGGCUCCACUCAGUCAAGCGAAUCAUCACCAAACCAACCCUCAAUAUACCGGGCUAGAAUUCACUAAUCAACAGGUGGCUGGUACGAAUCCGAAUGUCAAUUCGAUUUAUCCAGCCAAACAGUCUGUCCAGUGUCGUUUCUGUCCGGAGAAAUCUUCGAACAUCGUAUCUUCUUUUCGUGCACCAGUCAAGUCGAUUUCCUUGUCUACUUCCCAACAGUGGUUAAAUGAGCUGGUUGAAAGACUGGCCUACGGUAAUUUACACAGUGGAGUGAAUUUAGUUAACAGUAGAUCUGACCGCCUACAUGAUGAAUUGAAAAGUACUAACAUGGUGAUGGCUGCACAGAACGCUGAAACUGCUCAUCCUUCAAAUGUUUAUCAUACAACGAAUAUGGUAGAUUGUACACAGUUUUUGUCAAACUACUUCACUCUAUCAACAUCUAACAACUCUUAUUCACGGAUAAAUCCUUUUACAAAUAAUGCAUUACAGUAUUCUUCAAUUCACAACCGAAAUAUUCUCACUAGUCAACCUGGAGUGGUUAAGCUUCCAACGAAUAACUCCUGUAUGUUUUAUAAUACAGAGUGCUCGAAUAUACCAUUUUAUCUUGGGGGCGAAGGGGGUUAUACCGGUUGUAACCAAACGGCCAGUUCUUCUUGCAGAUAUUUCACUGGAGAGUGUUCAAAAGGACAGAUAAGUGGUGUUGUGAAUUCUAAUGGUGGUGUCAAGCGGCCGAUUCCAAUGAGAACACGUUCUCAAGCUAGUCAGUUACUGUCUCAUAAUCAACAUAAGUAUAUGCAGAACUUGUUGCCUAAUAAAUUCACCGGAGAAACAAUGAUGACAUUAACAAGUAAUUCUUCAGCUGGAUUCCUAGACGGAAAGCAGUCUGCGAUUACGGAAGAUCCCUUUUUAUCUGAAAGUGACCAACUUCAUAGAGCAAGUUCUACUGUUCAUUGUUUCAAUCAACCUGUGGACUAUGUACAAAAUCACACAAAUCCCCUUGCUCAAAGGAAUUACUUUCAGAAUAAUAACGACACACAGCGAAUGAAGUUAUCACAACGGCUUUUAUCACAUACCACUGGUUUAGGAAGUGCGUUUCCACUUCAGUGACGUUUAUAUGAUGAGUAAGAAAGCUACACUCCUACAGAAUGUCUUAAACAGAGAAAGACAAAUCAAAACAACAAGGUGCAAUGACUUUUAUCGUAAAACUACUUAAUUGGUAUCUUUCUUCAAUAUAUGUACAUAUAUACGUAUAUAAACAAAGAAUUACAUGCGAAGUUUAAUUCAGAUACUGAAUACAGACACUUCUCGGUGUCAGUAGUAUGCAUAUGACACAGAUAAUUAUCUACAGUCAUUUGAAGUUAUAUAGUAUUUGCCUGCGCAUAACAUCAUUGAGGAAGUGAAAUGGACAGUAAACAAACAUCUACACGUUUACUGAAAUGUUUCUUCUCACAAAGUUGUUUAAUUCUACUGCUGUUUGUUAUGCAGAACAUGCGCACCACUUGUUAUCUGCUCUUAAUAGAAAGUAUUGUUUCUAUCGCUGAUUUAAAAAAGUACGUUUGCUUUUCUAUUGUGCAGUAAUCCUACCAUGAUAUUACUCAUGAUCCAUAGUAGGAUGUGUUACAGCAGUGAUAACGGAAGUCAGUUACCCUCAGGAUUACUUGUACUGCUUGGAUCAAAGAGGACAUCCCGUUUUGUCAACUCAUUAUAAUUAUUAAUGGCAAAUCGAUGACUAUUUUUCCUUCUAACUGUGUGCAGGAGUUUUGGCUGAAAAUGUGACAAAUGUGACACUCAUAAUAAUAAUAAUAAAUACAAUGUCAAUUGUGCUAGAUUGUGCUGUUUUGCGUUAAAGUCUCAUGGUUGGUAAUGAUAAUCUCUGUAUGCAGUGUUGUGAUUGACUGAAGUGUGUGAUUGAAGUCUGAACUCCUCUUCUCUGCAGAAGUUCACUAGAACAGUAAGAGGAUGCGUUUUCACGGAACAUGUGCAUAGAUUUCACCAAUGAAUGGAUCAGUAGAUCAUUAUCCUGUGUUAUUUAAUAUCUUGAACUGUCUACCGAGACGUUUAAUCGCAAUGGGUUCGAUUAUGACUACAGUGUUGACGAAUUUUCUAUUGAAGUGAGCAGGAGACUUUGUAAAGGAGAGGGUGUCGUCGGUAUUUUUGUGAUUGGGAUUUCGACUAAUUUCGAUCAAGUUGGAGCACAUCAUCUGUGUCGUGGGCCUUUCUGAUGAGACAUCAGUUAUUAUCAAACAAACAGUGCUAUUCGGAUGUCUGGUAUUCCAGCUAUGGAUUUAUACAAGUCUAUAUAUAUGCGAACGAGUAUAACGUAGUCAUAUAGUAAUAAUUGUC